AUGCGGAAAGCUGGCAAUUCGUAUGAGGCUCAGGGCGCAGCGAACAGUGACAGUGCAGCGGAGAGAAUAACAGCCCGUCGCCUCCGUAUUGGCACCCGCAACGAAGCCAAGAAACGUCAGGAACUUGGACAGGAAUGUCCGAAAGUGGUCGAGGAAGAGGUCCGAAAAAGCCAGGUACAGGUGGAACAGAGCGAGAGGCGUAUGACCAAGUUACAGACUAAUGGUACAGAACUGGUCACUAACAUCCUGGUGGCGACGGACGCCAGAGAAUCGCAAAGGAGAAAAGAACUGGAGGAGGCACGGAGGCUGCGGCUUGAAAAGCUGGAAAAUGAGGGCAAGUCGAGUUAUGAGAAAUUUCAGGAAAUCAAUGAGAAAUGGACCAUCGCUAAAACAAAAGAGCUGCCUCAGGACCUGAGAGAUGCGCAGAGCAGCCAGCAACAGCUGUGUGCUCAGCUUAUCGCCGACAAAAACCAACUUAUCAAUGAGCUUCAACAGGAACUGAAGGCAUUUGACGAGCGUUAUGUAAAGGACCUAAAGAAGCAGGCUGAAGAUGUAGACCUUAUGAUUGCAAGAAUGGAGGAUCAGGUUCGGACUCUGAUCAAGUCUUACAGACAGGAGCUGGAUCAGAUCGAGAAUUCCUUCGAGGACGAGCAGGAAGCUCUGCUGAUGGAGAAAAAGGAGAACUGGGAACAACAAACGAAGCAACGCCGGGACAAAGAGAUGGAGCUAUUGUUGCAGAGGAUUAAGCAGGUGGAGGAAUAUGGGGACUUGCUGCAGAAGCUCAGAGCAGAAGACGCCGAGGAGUUUAACAUUAUCAAGAUCAAACUGGAGACGGAGGUGGAGGAUAGAGAACAGAGGCUGCAGCAGGAGAAAGCCAUCCACCAGCUCAAUCAGGAGAAACUGGACUAUAACUACCAGAUGCUGAAGAACAGCGAUGAGGAGAAGACCAUCAUUAUGUCUGUGCAAAAACGCAAGAUCACCAGAAUGCAGGAUGCUCUUAACAACCUGAAGGGCAAGUGUGCCAAUCAGGUGAAACAGUCUCGGGAGGAAAACCAAUCGCUGACGGAGGACUACAAACGCAACAUGCAGCAAUACAAACGCGUAGAGAAGAAAAUGAAGCAUUUUGCGGCCGUCAACGCAAAGAGGUUUGAGGAUGUGUGGCUGAUGAAUGAGGAAGAAGUCAAGGCUCUGGUCCGGAAGGUUCUGGAGGUGGACCGGCUCAUUCACGAACAGCAGCUGGGCCUGACGUGGGUCCCCCCGCCUAUGCCCUUCAUGGAACAGUCCGGACCGACGGUAACGCAGCACCCGGCCCAGACGUCGGCGCGACAGGCCGCGGCCAAAGCCCUGCAAGCUGACGAGCAGGAGGACAAGGCGGAGCAAGACGUUGUGGAAUCUUCCGGAGGCCUGGAGAGAAAAGGUGCCGGAGUGGAUGGCAAAACGGUGAAGCAGGUGCUGGAACUGCUGUGUGAUGAGACGGGGUUUCUGAUUGAGGAUAAGCUGCUGAAGCUGCUGUCCCCAGUGGAGAAAGACGAACAGUCUCUUAUGAAGCUGGACUCUGUCUUCUCGGCUAUUGGGAUUGAGAAUGAAGAGGACGUCUAUAAAAUGACAGACUUCUUUAUGAAAUACAAACAGAAGCUGAAGGAGCAGGAGGAGGUAACACUGACUCUUUCAGGAGGUGGGUCCUCUGACCUCAUCCACCCCAACGAUGUGCUGGUGGCUUUACGAGCCUUCACUGCUCAACACUGCAGAUCCAGGAAGGGCCAGUCCCAGCAGCAGCACAGUGGGUUGAGUUUGGAGGGAAGGGAUGAAGCAGAAGAUGCUAAAUACUGGGAAAGUCUGGCCAACAUCAUCCCAGAGUCUAAACUCAAGCUCUGGGCUGCGCUAGAGGCAGCACUCAACAUGUACCAUUCUGAGUUGAUGGCAAGGUCCAAACUGUUGGAGGAAACCAAGAACCUGAAACAACAGAAUACGGAAAUCAAAAUGCUACUUUACCAACAUUACAUCCCCAAGGUGCACGCUGAGGUGGAAGUCCCACAGAUGGUCCACUUUGCCCAUAAAUGA